GCGCCCGCCGGCGCCUCCGGGUCGGCUACCGCCCCCCAACAGUCCAAUGGCAAUAGAAUCCCGACGGGAAAUAGCGUCCCGCCGGUCGCGCCGCAGCCUUGUCUUUCCCCUCCACGGCCACGGGAGUUACAGGGUGUAAGCGGGCUGCUGCAGCGCCUGGGGCUGGAGUUCGAGCCCGCAAGCGAAGGUGUGGCGGGGCGGCAGCGGGGAGCCGUGCUGGUUGAAACACCUGAGCGGAGACGAAGAGUUCCGGCGGAACGCGUGGCGAGGUGCCCGGCGGCGGGGGGACGCCUUUGCGGGUAGCAGAACGCGGAAGCGGGUCGGUGCGGAGUGGAGGAGCUGAGCACGGUGUCUCCGCGGAGCGCAGUGGGGCUGCGGCCUCCCUUGCUGCCGUCGCCAUGUCCUCCGAUUUCGAGAGCUACGAGCAGGACUUCGCGGUGCUGACGGCCGAGAUCACGGGCAGGAUCGGGAAGGUGCCCAAGCUGGUAGGAGAUGAGAAGAAGCAGAUGGUUGCAAAUAUUGAGAAACAGCUCGAAGAAGCAAGGGAACUGCUUGAGCAGAUGGAACUUGAAGUUCGAGAGAUCCCACCUCAAAGCCGAGGAAUGUACAGCAGUCGAAUGAGAAGCUACAAACAAGAAAUGGGAAAACUUGAAGCGGACUUCAAAAGGUCACGAAUCGCCUACAGUGAUGAGGUGCGGAAUGAGCUCCUAGGGGAUGACGGGAAUUCCUCAGAGAACCAGUUGAUAAAAUUACGUGAAGAGAGGGCACAUCUGCUCGAUAACACAGAGAGGCUGGAAAGGUCAUCUCGGAGACUAGAGGCUGGAUACCAAAUAGCAGUGGAAACCGAGCAGAUUGGACAGGAGAUGCUGGAAAACCUCAGCCAUGACAGAGAGAAGAUCCAGCGUGCUCGGGAAAGGCUUAGAGAAACAGAUGCAAACCUGGGGAAGAGUUCCAGGAUCUUGACGGGAAUGUUGCGAAGGUAAGGCCAAGGAUCAUCCAAAACCGGAUUUUGAUCGUGGUUCUGGCAGUCAUCAUCAUCUUCACCACCAUGAUGGCUAUUUUUCUUUCUGUCAGGGGACGCUGAUAUCUUUGUUCUUCACUAAACAGCAACAAACUGCUUGUUCUGAGUAAUUAAGACAAAGUGGUCACAUGAAUCAUUCUCUUGCACUGACAGAGUCUCCCUCUCUUUUCCACUCUUCAGCUCAGGUGCAAGUGGUGUAAAAUAUUUUGUAUUAUGGAUGGCAUAGUUGGUGGCAUGUGACGUUGAUUAUUUUUUCCUACAAUUUUGUCUUUAUCUGAGUGUUUUCAGAAGCUUAAUAUUUGUUGGGGUGAAGGCUUGUUCUGGUUUAAAAAGACUUACCGUGUGUUGAAUUCUACCCCAGACAAUUAGCCUGUAAGUUAAGUCAGAGAAGAGGGUCUUUGCACUUGUGCUACAUGGGGUGUAUGAAUAUCAAGCAGUAUCUGACCUUCUGUGAUAUAGAAUAUAAGUAAAGCAGAGACCAAAUGAUGUAGAAAGUGAACCUGUCUCCUGUGACUAACUCCCGAUCAUGAAUUACUGUAAUAGAUGUAACAUGGUUAAGAAGAGUAGUUAGUUUUAACAAGAGAGCAACCUUAGGGUGAUGUUUAAUAUCUGAUGUGGAUCCAGCACUCUAUUUAACUUUUUUCUUUAAUAGGCUUUCUUUUCUGCAUUUUCAAAACAACUCCACUUUCAUCAAGAACAUAAUAAUGCAUUACGUACCCAAAAUGUAGUUGUGACCACAGCCCAUCUAUUCAGUCUCUUUUAAAUCUUCCAGUAUUGAUAUACAUACUGAUAAGCAUACACACUAGACCCUUACUGAAGAUUUAUAAAGAUACUUAUCUGUUCAUUGCUGAUUGAAAAGAGAUGCAAAGUAAUAGUUCAGCAACAAAUACAUGAUUAUAGUGCAUUAAAUGAAAAUCGGGAUUUUUAAUAUUGGCCUGACUAUGUUGCGACUGCACGUUGAAGAUAUUUUCAGUGUAUUCAAUUCUGAUGUGAUACUCCCCUUUUUAAACAGAAACUGUACAAAUGUUAAUUUAUACAUGCCUUUAGCUGAUAUAAUAUAUCAUAGUUUCAUCUACCUGUGUGUAAAUGAGCUGUUUCUCUUUUCCUAUUGGCUGUGCUUCUCCUAUAGACAGGCCUAGGUCAUUUGGCUUACAAUUAAGUUUAUGACUCCAGAAAAGGUCUAUUUCUGUUGAUGUGGCAAAAUGAUUUCCAUGAUAAUUUGUAAAUUAGUUAUAUGCAAUCCCUUACAAACGUUACAAAUUGAGAGGGAUUUUAAGCCCUUGAACUAAAGCUGUAAAAUCUUUUCAGAAAGAUGUUCAAAAUAAAAAGAAGCUGGUGGCUUUCAAACUCCCCCCAAAUUAGGUAGGAACUGAGCACCAAAUUCUUAUGUGUGCAUUAGUACUUUUGGGGUUUUGGCAUCCCUGCGGUCUCUGCCAACUUGCUCUGCUGACCCCGAGAGUUGAUUUUAGGAUAAACAUCUGGAGGUUGAUUUUGGCCGUAGAUACGUCCCCUGUUUUCUUUACAUGGAAACAAAUAACUCAGCUUAAAGGAUGUUGGUAUUGAUGCCACAGCUAAAGCCUUGAAAGAUGGUGAUGAACACAGAAUAAAUGCAUCCACAUGAAAAAUUAUACCCAUUGAAACAAAUGGAAAUGUGUAUGGUCAGCUGUGGUUUCUGCGCUAUAUGCAGCUCACAACAAAGUUCAGAAGUGGUUUCUGUGCCAGGUUUCUCUGCCAGCUCAUGUCUGUGGCUGUGGGGUUGUGUGAGUACAAGAGUUCCUGGGUAAUACAGCCCCAUGUUUUCGGGAGGUUCUGCACCUGUGCAGUGCAGCUCAGUCAUGUUCGGCUCCUCACCUCAAAGGCCAUGCACUGACAUGAGGCCAUGGGUGCCUGCUUUGCCUCCUCCUAGGGAACCUCUCCUUUUAUCUAUUUGAGGUGUGUCAUAUUUAUCACAUGCCUUUUGGACAUGGAAGGAUUUGGGUGUUCAGCUUACACUGUGGAGGCUGCCUGGCCUUCAGUCACAACGUGCACUCACGUUAAGCACUUGGGGUUGUGUAAGCAGAGCUCUGGCCAUUAGCUUCAAAUGAUGGCACUGGGCUGAGUUGAGGCAAAUUAGGACAAUGCCUGGCAGCAUUCAAAGGUAUUUAUUUUCUGCUAAGCAAAUUAGGAGAUGCAGAUUUUGUAAAGCAGAAAAGUGUCGAGAAAAUGUUAAGCUCUGUCCGUUGCCUAGACAUUCUCUGCGUUGCCUCAAUAAUUUAACUAUCAUGGGAAUUGAUUCAUGACUACUGAUCUUAACACUGACCUAUGACUAGGUUUUGCCCUCUAUCUAGCCACCUGCUGGAAUCAGCAAAAAGCUGAAAGGAAGCUAGUUUUCCUUAUCCCAGUAUAAAUCUGGGGCAUAGUGUCACAUCAGAUACAUCCACUCAGAUGGGAAUGAGGGAAAAAGAGAGACUGCCAUGCAAAGCCUUCAUCUCCACUUUUGAUGAACCCGCCAUCGUGAUGUUUCUCAUGCUAACCUGUUAAUAACUCUCUGUGCCUGCUUUGCAUCUUCGUGUACUCCCCACAUGUAAAAUAGUGCUCGGGUGGACAUUAUGCUCUUCAAAACGUGAUGUUACUGCUCUUUCCCCUUUUCCUCCGGCUCUGGAAGCAUGCGGGUGAGAUGCACGAGAUCCACACCGUUUGGUGGGGAUUGAGUGACUUCGGUUGAGAGCACAGCCUGAGCCACCCACAGGUAGGGUGACACCUCCGGGUCCAACCUUCCCCUGAACUAUUUUAGUGGCAUUUAUAGCACAUCUGUGAAUGAAUCGAAGAGCUUACAAAUGUAAACCUCAAAGAGCGAAAUGUUUCUAAUGUUGCCAGCCUUUGUGGAGAAAUGACAAAUUAAGAAGCGCACGCGUGGUGCUGCGUGCAAAUUCCAUCCUUGCUAAACAGCUGCACUCGCAGAAUAAAUAAACUAAUUCUAUGCUGAUACAAAAUCAAAAGCAAUUUAAUUAAAGGCUCUUAAGUUUUAAAGGGUUUUAAAUGCUAUACUUUUUGGGGAAAUAUCAGAAAAUGUAGCUUGACUGACGUCAGUUCCCAUCUCUGGGAUGGGAGGCCAUUUGCUAUUCUGUUUAAGGCAGGCUGGAUUGUCUUAUUUUGGAGCCAGCUUGGUGGGGGGUUUUCUUUGCUGCUGCUUCAGAGCUCUGAGCUUCAAAGGCUGAAAUUAAUGGUGAACAAAAUUGUGCGGCUCUGACCAUCCCAUGCGGGGCAAACCCAUCGAGGGUUAUCAUUAAGUAAAGAAAUAAAGAAAAAAAAACCCUGCCAGUUCCAAGAAAACCUCAUCAGAUAAUGACCUCUGUGAUUGGGUUUUCAUUACCAAACAGCAUCCAGAGAUUGUCUGCCCCAUAGAAGGAGGAAAAAAAAAAAAAAAGGGAAAAAAAAGAAAAGAAAAAGAAAGAAAAAGCAACUGUGUCUCUCUCUUUCUCUCUCUCGCUCUCUCUCUCCCCUUUUUUUUUUUGCACAUCUUUUCUUUAAACCUGUCAGAUCAUUUCAGUAUUUCAAAUCCGAGGAAAACAGCCUGCCUGCUGCUGUAUUUGAAGUUGUAAUGGUGUCAAAAAGUCACGACUGACUGACAGCCGUCAGUCCCAGAGGAGCUCAUUAAAUCAUAAAAACUUGACAAGGAAAUAAUUGAGCAUCACUGGCAACUUGGCGCCUGUUUAGACGUUUUUAUUUUCUUUCAUUAUUAGUCCCCACCAUUACGUUCAUUAACAAAUUGCAUUAAACAACUGUUAAGGGCUAA